UUCCUUUUUUACCGACGAAAUGCCAAAAUCAUUAUCAAUACAAUUUCUUGGUACAAGUUCAGCGCAACCAUCAUUAACUCGUAAUACAUCAUCAUUAGCAGUGAUAAUUGAUGGAACAUCUUGGUUAUUCGACGUUGGAGAAGCGACUCAACAUCAAUUAAAUAAAUUUAAGAAUAUUAAGUGGGGAAAAAUUGACAAAAUUUUUAUUACUCAUAUGCAUGGUGAUCAUGUGUUUGGAUUACCACCACUAUUGUGUACUUUAACGAAUAAUUUAAGCGAGGAUCCUGCGAGACCACCAAUCGAGAUUUAUGGACCGUCUGGAUUGCGAAAUUUUGUUCGUAGUUCUUUAUCGUUAACACGUUCACAUCUUAAUCGUAAUUGUGUUGUUCAUGAAUUACUUUUUCCUGAUGAUCCGAUUGAUUCUGGAAAACUCUUUGAAUCAAGUGAACAAUCAGGAAAAAACAUCCAUAUGACCAUCGACAAAAAUAAUAAUAAAUCGUGGAAAGUUAUUGAUGAGGGGGAUUAUAUCGUUUCAGCGGCACCAAUUGAACAUUCAAUUCCUUCUCUAGGUUAUGUUAUUGACGAAAAACCAAUUUCGGGAAAUAUUGAUAUUGAAUUAGUUAAACCUAUUUUAAUGAGAAAUAAAGAUGCUUUGGAAUUAAAAAAUCCUAUGGAGUUAUUAAAGAAAUUACAACAAAAUCAAAGCCUAAAUAUGCCAGACGGAACUAUUAUAGAACCUCCUCAACAACGACCCGGACGUAAAAUCAUUAUUUUGGGUGAUACUUUUGAUCCUUCCGGAAUAAUUCAUUUAGCUAUGGAUGCUGACGUGUUAGUUCACGAAGCUACUAAUUCAUUAACUUCUGAUGAUUCUGAAGGAACAACUUACGAACAAGUAGAAAAACUUUCAAUUGAAAAAGGUCAUUCUACAUCUAAAAUGGCAGGUAAGUUUGCUGCUAAAAUUAAUGCACAAAAAUUACUUUUAAAUCAUUUUAGUCAUCGAUACAGAAGUGACAAUGAAAAUAUUAUGAAUGAAAUCAAACAAGCCGCUAUUGAAUCUUUUGGCAAUGGCAAUGAUCAAGUAAUUUGUACUUAUGAUGGUAUGACGAUACAAAUUCCUUUAUAUUUUACUGUUUGAUAACUUGCGUAACUUCAAUAUGAUAUAAGCUUUGCAAAAAACAUAAAAAGAAUAAUUAACUUCAUUCAGAUAUUUUCAGAAACGGCAAUCACGAUGCCAGGAUUUUUCCUUAAUCAUAUUCAUCAGAAAAAUUUUAUCCCGUAUUUCAUCAUUAUGGAAAAAAUACAUGUUGUAGCUAUGCUACAAACAGGUAAAGUUUCCUACUG